CUUGAACGCGUCCUUCACAGUCAACGCACUUCCGCGCCCGCCAUCGUCUCCCCGCAUAUUGAGAACCUGAUAGUACCAUCACCACCCGCUGUGUUUUGACAGGCAGUCUGGCCCGCCCUUCCACACACAACUCCAUCACGCUCGGUCCCUUCAAGUGCGGUCAUGGACGUGCCAUUCGUAUCCUCUGGAGCUAUCAGUAGAUCCCACUAUGCCCUCGUCAGAAAGAUCGAGACUGCACAGACUUCCCAACUCGCGGACCAAUACAUCUUCGCGGAAGUCGACUUGAUACACUCUCAGCUCUCGCGCUCCACCCUUACCCUAAAGCAAUGCAGGGAAUGUUUGAUCAUAUUGCUCUACUGCGCCAUGAAUGUGGCUACGGAGGGAGUGGUUGACCUAGAAUUUGCACUCUACCAUGCGGUCAAUCUCGCAGAGUCAGGUCCCACUGUGCAGGACAAGCGAAUAGGCUACUUAUUCUGCGCGGAAGCUAUGCCGUCCGACCAUGAGCUCCAGCUCAUGCUCGUCAAUACUCUGCGGAAGGAUCUCGAGAGCCCCGAGCUCCCCCGUAUCUGCCUGGCGUUAGAUACGCUCAUCCAGUUCUCUACGGCUGACGUGAUUCCCGCCAUCCAUACACGCCUCGCGGACCUUCUCUCGUUCACCUCACCGCACGUACGCCGGCGCGCGCUGCUCGCGUUUCAUAAGCUCUCGAAGCACGAUACGGGCAUCUUGAGUGAUGUUAUCGAGAAGGUCGAGAAACGGAUGACGGAUGCGGAUUGGGUGGUAGGGAGCGCUGCGCUCAACGUUUGGGUUGAUUUAUUCAAAGCGGGCCAGCUGUCUUCAGACAGGUAUCAUCAGGCGUUGUCCGCACUGCUCACAUCCGCAUGGCGUGCACGUUCGGAGCCGACGAAGAAUGUGCUACUACCCAAGAUCCUAGGAUGCCUCCAAUUGGUCGCUCCAGCCGCAGAUGACGUCCGCACGAUCCUCAAGGUCAUCAAAUCUUGCGUUGCCUACGGUCCCUCCGCAAGAGCGGCCCUCCAUGCAAGCUACCUCACCAUCUCCCACGCAUCCACCGCCGUGCUCCUCCCCGCGCGGACCACGCUCAUCGACGCGCUCCGCCCGCUCAUAGCCUCGCCGGCGCCGGCGCCGAAUGAAGUGUAUGUAUUCGUGUCGUGCCUCGGCGCGCUCGACCCUGUACUCUGGGCGGGCACACGCGCGGACGUGCCGGCGGUAUUGGAGGGAUGGGAGGUCGAACGCGUCGUAGCACUCCUCGAGGCGGAGGACCACACUAUCCGGCUGAAGACUAUGCGUGUCCUUCACCGCGUGGAUGCCGCCAUCCUCGAGGCUUAUUGCACGCGUCUUCUGUCUUCGGCUGUCUCCCCGUCGUCUGCGGACACUUCCGAGACGGUCCGCAGGCUGCUCGAACUCGCGGACGUCCUGUCGGGCGUGGAUGGGGAGGCGUACGCGGGACACGUAAUACGCAUCUGCGAGGCAUCCGAAGGCGAGGCGGGGAUGCCCGCGCCGCUCGAGAAGAGGCCUGUCGUACAAGGGGUAGUGGAAGGCGCUCUGGUUAAGAUGCGAGAUGCAAACGCCGAGUUCAAGAGCGGGUGCGUCGGCGCGCUCUUUGCGCGGGUACCGGAGGUGGAGGCGGAGGUCGGACCAACGCUGAUGGUCAUUCUCACUGCGCUGAUUGUGGAAUACCUUCCUCUCUCACCUCUCUCGCCCACCGCGCUCCUGCGCGGACUGGGAGGUCGAGCCGGAUCAUAUAAUGUUUCUAUCCAAGACGCUUGUCUGCUGUGUAUGAUCCGGCUGGCAGCGGAAUGCGAGAAGGUUCCGUCUGAAAUUGCGGACGCGGUGGGAAGGCUGAAGGAGACGAGUAGGGCGUAUAUCCGGAGGCGAUGUGAUCAAUUCCUCGACCUGUCGUCUCGGCCAGGUACGCUGAAGGAGGUCCUUGCGGACGCGAGGUCGCCAUCGCUCCCCGACUUCGCCGCCGCCCUUGAAACAUACAAACCUGCACAAGCUCCCUCCUCGCCGUCAUACUCACCCCGUUCCCCGCCCCUGCGCCCCGUCCCUCACUCACCCGAUCGCCCAUCCUCCCGCGCUUCAUCCCAGGGCGCCAAGCUCCGUUAUGACGCGUACGACCCGCCGAGGCCUGUGCAGCGCCAUUUCGUGCGUAGGCUAAGUGCCGGAUCAGAUGCGAGCUCGCGGUUCGUCGGCCAGCGGGGACGCGCGGUGGAGGGGCAAGACCCCUUGGCAAGAACGAUGAGUCCAGGCGACUUGGCGCUCGCUGCGGGGGAUGAGCUGGAGACGCUGUCGGUGGCGUCGCCGAGGCAGACUCCCUCAUUACCGGUCGUCAAUGUCAUGGAUGAAGAUAAUUUGACGACGAGAGCGGACCUCAUUGCUCUCGACUCGCCGUUUAUGUCAGAACCGGUUGCUUCGAUCUCGGACGUACUGGGCCAUAUGCGUGAUCUCAAUGUUGUUUCGGAAGAUGACUUUCGGCAGGAGUGGGACGGCAUGUCGGACUCGAAUGCAAGAGGCUGGUGCGAAGCAUCCCCGGAGACGGUGGUCGAACGGCUACAGAAUGCAAGCGGGCAUUGGAAUGUGAGGUUUAUGCCUGCUGAGCAGGAACCUUUCCCUGGCGAUACGAAAGUGCUGGUCCAAGCAGGCCAGGCCAGCCGCGCGCUCCUCCGCAUUAAAGCGAGCGAAGACAACACCUCCCUCUGGCAUAUGCGUUGUCAAGAUGCGCAGCUACGCACCGGAAUCAAAGGUAUAUUGUCCGAGUCGGAGAUGUAAUGCUUCCGAAUAUGCUGAAUAUGCUGUUGUGUAUGCUAUCGAGACGUUUGAUUGUACUGCUGUCCUUGAAAGCAAUGGAAUGUGCACACUUUUUAGUACUACCCUUCGUAUCAUCGAGACUGGACGUAGUCAUCUAUCUUAAGCAAGACC